UCGGCCGUAGAGCGCCGCCGAUUAGUCACCGGCGAUGGCUUCGUCUCGCCCCCCGCUCCGCCGCCUCGCGGCCCUGGUCUACGGCCGCGUCCGCGCGAACCAACGCCUCCUCUCCUCCUCCACCGCCGAGCGGGCGUCGCCGUCGCCCGCGGAACCGGAGGCCGUGCGCAUGACGGAGGGCUGCAUCCGAAGACUGAAAGAGUUGCAUGCUAAAGAACCAUCUGCUGAAGGGAAGAUGCUGCGAGUAAGCGUUGAAGCUGGCGGAUGUUCUGGAUUUCAAUAUUCUUUUUCUCUGGAUAGCAAGAAAAAUUCAGAAGACCGGAUCUUUGAAAAAGAUGGUGUUAAAUUGGUUGUGGAUGAUAUCUCAUACGACUUCGUGAAAGGUGCCACUGUGGAUUAUGAGGAGGAACUUAUACGCUCAGCUUUUGUGGUUUCAACAAAUCCAAGUGCAGUUGGGGGUUGCAGCUGCAAGAGUUCUUUCAUGGUCAAAUAGUUUCAACUUUAUUAGCUUGAAGAGAUAGGUAACUAUCAUAGCAUUUUGUGGUGAACUAUACCUCAUUGAUACACUUGUACAAUUGGUAUUAUUGGCAGUUUCAAAAAUACUCCUGUAUGAGUUUUGGCAUAAAAAUAUUAUCACCAAAUUCUGAUUUAUAUGUAUUUGCGUCUACCAUGUGAUGACAAGUUAUGUACAUUGAAUAAUUUGGCCUUUGGUACUUAUAUCAUAUGCUACUUUAUCUUGUAAUAUUGAUACAACAGAUAUAUUUGAGAGAUCGUGUGUAUUAUCUGAAA